CAGCGAGCGCGGCUUUCUGGGCCCGAGUCGUCGCGAGUGGGCGGCGGCGGCGGCGGCGGCUGCCCUCUCCAGCGCCGGGAAGAUGGCGCCGCCGGUGACGGAGCGGGGGCUGAAGAGCGUGGUGUGGCAGAAGAUAAAAGCAGCAGUGUUUGAUGACUGCAGGAAAGAAGGCGAAUGGAAGAUCAUGCUUUUAGAUGAAUUUACUACUAAGCUUUUGGCAUCAUGUUGCAAAAUGACAAAUCUUCUAGAAGAAGGAAUCACUGUUGUGGAGAAUAUUUAUAAGAAUCGUGAACCUGUCAGGCAAAUGAAAGCUCUUUAUUUUAUUUCUCCAACAUCAAAAUCUGUAGAUUGUUUCUUACGAGAUUUUGCAAGUAAAUCAGAGAACAAAUAUAAAGCUGCAUAUAUAUACUUCACUGACUUUUGUCCUGAUAGUCUCUUUAACAAAAUUAAGACAUCUUGUUCCAAGUCAAUAAGAAGAUGUAAAGAAAUAAAUAUUUCCUUCAUCCCACAUGAAUCUCAGGUGUAUACUCUUAAUGUACCAGAUGCAUUCUAUUACUGCUAUAGUCCCGUUCCUGGGAGUGCCAGCGGAAAAGAUGCUAUCAUGGAGGCAAUGGCCGAGCAGAUAGUUACGGUGUGUGCUACUUUGGAUGAAAAUCCUGGAGUGAGGUAUAAAAGUAAGCCUCUAGAUAAUGCCAGUAAGCUCGCACAGCUGGUUGAAAAAAAACUUGAAGACUACUACAAGACUGAUGAAAAGAGCCUAAUAAAGGGUAAAACUCAGUCCCAGCUCUUAAUAAUCGAUCGUGGCUUUGAUCCUGUGUCCACCGUCCUACAUGAACUGACCUUUCAGGCAAUGGCAUAUGAUCUGCUACCAAUUGAGAAUGACACAUACAAGUAUAAAGCAGAUGGGAAGGAAAAGGAGGCAAUCCUUGAGGAAGAUGAUGACCUCUGGGUCAGGAUCCGACACCGGCAUAUUGCAGUUGUGUUAGAAGAAAUUCCAAAGCUUAUGAAGGAAAUUUCAUCAACAAAGAAAGCAACAGAAGGAAAGAUAUCCCUUAGUGCUCUUACCCAGCUGAUGAAAAAGUUGCCCCAUUUCCGUAAACAGAUUAGUAAGCAAGUUGUUCAUCUUAAUUUAGCAGAAGAUUGCAUGAAUAAGUUCAAGCUUAAUAUAGAAAAGCUCUGCAAAACUGAACAAGACCUGGCACUUGGAACUGAUGCAGAAGGACAGAAGGUGAAAGAUGCUAUGCGAGUACUCCUUCCAGUUCUGCUCGGCAAAAAUCAUGAUAAUUGUGACAAAAUAAGAGCAAUUCUGCUUUAUAUCUUCAGUAUUAAUGGGACCACAGAAGAAAAUUUGGACAGGUUGAUCCAGAAUGUAAAGAUAGAAGACGAGAGUGACAUGAUUCGAAACUGGAGUUACCUUGGUGUUCCCAUUGUUCCCCAAUCUCAACAAGGCAAGCCAGUAAGAAAGGAUCGGUCAGCAGAAGAAACUUUUCAGCUUUCUCGAUGGACACCGUUUAUCAAAGAUAUUAUGGAGGAUGCCAUUGAUAAUAGAUUAGAUUCAAAAGAAUGGCCGUAUUGUUCCCAGUGUCCCGCAGUGUGGAAUGGCUCUGGAGCUGUAAGUGCUCGCCAAAAACCCAGAACUAAUUAUCUAGAACUAGACCGAAAAAAUGGAUCAAAGCUGAUUGUUUUUGUAAUUGGAGGAAUCACAUACUCUGAAAUGCGUUGUGCUUAUGAAAUUUCUCAGGCAUAUAAAUCCUGUGAAGUUAUUAUUGGUUCUACACAUAUUUUAACACCCAGAAAGCUGUUGGAUGAUAUAAAGAUGCUGAAUAAGCCCAAGGAUAAAGUUUCUUUUAUUAAGGAUGAGUAGCUUUUUUUAGAGAUUUUUAUUAACAUGUUCAACUAAAAUAGAACAAGAACAUCAUACUAUUAUGUAAUUUAAACAAUGUAAAUAUUUUAUGCAAUAAUGGCUUUUCAAUUAUAUUUCUUAAUGGACUGUUUAUGUAUUAUUAAAUUUGCCAUUUUAAUAACUUCAAUGUUGUUGCUGCUUGUAGAUGAUAAAUAUUGAAAUGCUUUCUAAACACAAUUUUUUUGCCUUUGGAGCAGAAUAUAUUAGAGUUGUGGGUAAUCUUUCACAGUCACCUGUGUACAUACUAGUUACUUGUUAGGUACUUACCUGUCUCAUGCUGAAGUAUAGUUUUCAGAAAAAAAUGAGUUUAAAUGAGAUUAUAAGAAACUGUAAAUGUGUAUGUGUGACAGAAUUUCCUAAAAAUAUAAUUUUUCUUUUAGUUGAAAUUCUUGAUUUCUUUGAAGUAUAAUUCAAUCAAAAAUAGAGUGGUUUCAGGGUGUACACUAGCUUCUUAGAUACUACUAAAGAACAGUUUUAUGUACUUUUGAAAUUAUGUAUGUUUAAAUUACCAAAUGAAAAAUCUUCACCAUUCUUAGAGAAAAUAAAAAUA